AUGCCCACUGAAGUCGCAGAUUUGGUCCGCGGCGGGUUCCAGCCGCGCCUUCCGACUUCGCUGCCGCCCCCAGGGCAGCAGCAGCAGCCGUCGUCGCUACCACGCCGACAGCCCGUCCCGUUGAUGCCUCCCGCGCAGCUUCAUCCGGGAGCGCCCCAGGUGGUCGCUCCGGCGCCUGCGGUCCCUCUUCAGUCGCCGCCGCCUUCGGAGCUGAUGGACGUCGACCCAUCAGCCGGGCCGCCUUCCCAAGCGGUGGCUGUGCAGCCUGUCCUGCAGCCGCUUUCCUUGGGCACCCCCAAGGAGUCUGACACCGCAGCGCCUUGUCCGGCGCCCACUCGGCAGCCGUCGACGCAGCGUCAGGAGACGCUGCCUCUCUUCGUGGGUCCCGACGCCCCGUCGCGUCCAGUACCAGAAGCUGCGCCCGUGGUCACAGGCGUGCACCCUGACCUCGGUUUUCAGUCGAUGUUUCCCGAGGCCCCGCGCAGCCAAUGCUGGGGUGCGGGCCGGGGACUGCCACCGACAACAGUCUCCGCCCCGCAGCCUGGGGACGGUGACUCAGGGGGCUGGGGAGGGGAGCGGGGAGCGGCUGCAGGCGCGGCGCUGGUGACGUGGCGCUCGACUUCGCACGGCGGCCGGGCUGCUAAGUGGCGGCGGCCGGCCGGGGUCAGCGCUCCGGCGCCGCCUUCCGCCGCCUCAUGCUGA